AUGAAAGCUUCCCGAGGCAUCAUUCGUAAAAUUUCACCAAACGUUCAUCAUGGAAUUUCUUCCAAACAUGAUCAUAUGAAGGACUGCUCCUCCUCCGAGGAUUUCAUCAACAAACACAAGGCUGAGAAGGAACACCAAGAAUACGUUUCUAUUUUGAAAACUCAUUUGGAAGAAGUGAUCGAGUUGGAGAGUGAUGAAAGGUAUCCCGAUUGUGUUUUUGUGGAAGAUCCGAUCGUGGUGGUUGAUCAUGUUGUUUUUCUCAAUCGAAUGGGAGCCUUAUCCCGAAGAGGUGAAAUCGACGCAUUCCGAGAAGUGUUUCUCUCCUCCAAAAUAUCCAACAGUUGGACUCGGAACUACACAUUGGUGGACAUGUAUGAAAAAAGUGAGACUGCCACUGUGGAUGGUGGUGAUUGUUGUGCCAUUUAUGAAACCAAGCAUUUGUUUAUGGGAAUAUCAUCAAGAACCAACAUGGAAGGUAUCUUGUUGUAUGAAAAAGUACUUUCAGAACUUGGUUGGAAAGUUAUUCCUGUAAAAGUGAAGCAAGGUCUUCACCUGAAAUCGUUCGUGACCUACUUUUUGAGUUCAAGUGCUGAAAUUUUGUUAACUGUGAACGAUGAUGAAAUUGGAAGAGACAUUUUCUCUCAAAUUCAAUCACAUUCAAAUGAAAAGUUUACAUACAGAGCUCUCUUUGUUCCAGAGGAAGAAGCCUGUAAUGUGGUGAGCUUUAAAAGCUUAAAGACCAACAAACAUGUAAUUAUUUACAAAAGUGGCUAUCACCAAUCAGAGAUUAUUUUCAAGAAUGCUAUGAAUGAGUCACAGGUUUUCAAUGUUGAGCUAAUUCCUAUCGAGUACGACGAAUUAGCAAAAUUGGAUGGAUGUCUCACUUGUUGUUGUGUAUUGUUUCAGUGA